GCGAAAACUCAAAGAUCUCAGGUCCUGAACUCUGCACACGAAAUUUUAAAGGGGCUUUCAACUCCCAACUCCAUUAUCCGGAUCCAUGACCUGCCAUGACCUGCCGCACUGCCAGCGGAGAGUGCGAUGUAAAAACUGACGGCGACCCAAACCCUCAUUUCAAGCGUCCUGAAAUCGACCAAGCAAUACACAUAGACCAAAAAAAGAUCGUGGAAGACUGUAUGGAAGAGAAAGGUGAAAGAAAAGAACUUCCAGAGCUGCGCGGUCGUGAUAGGGGUCGUCCUCCCAUAUUGAAGAAAAAGAAAAGCUCGUACGACUUGCGCGACAUCUUUCAAACUCAAGAGGCGGCUUCAUCUGCCUCUUCCGAAUCGUCGCCAGUCACGAGCAACAUUUCAUCGCCGGUCAUCCCAUCACCAGACAUGAACAAAGUCAUUUCACCAGCUGAAAUUAUCACCGCACCUGUUCAGCAGCAGCAGACGACUCCACCCAACCGCAGCCAGAUCAGGGGUUUAAGAUAUUUCCGGGCGAUUUUCGUGCAGCAUACUGCUCAGAGUUGCGAGCGGCAAAGAAGGAAAGGACCGCGCGAAACAGGCGAAAAUGACCCACUUGUUCUAACUAAUUUCAAACUCCACCUUCCCGUCUGGACUUCUACACCCUUAGUCUAUGACAGAUUAGAUCAACCUCGUCGACCGUACUGGGACUCGCCGGAUAUCUUCCAUGAUAUAGUGCGACUGCGAGCUGAAAGUGCUAAUGUCAUCACUAAACGACUGACGUUCGUCGAGGACCAGGGCAUCGUCCGAGAAGAUGUCGAUACUAACCCAGUCGUUCUCAUGGGGUACAAGAGUGAUGUUGGAAUCAAUAGACAAGCGUUUGCAGUAGAGGUCUGGCGAAAGUGA